AGAGGCGUGUUUGGGGUGGCGCCGUCUGUGGCCCUGGAGUGUCUCACACAGUGAAACCCUGCUCUUCUCCGGAGCUCACCUGAGUGUUCCACACGUGCCUGAUGAUGUGCCAUGACCUGAUAAUGCUCACUUUCCAAUGUCACCUGGGCAGGCUGCUGUUAGACCUCACAACGCUCGAGCUAGCUCUGCAGAGGGCAGCUGACCACAUCCAGGCCUGCUCACAUCGGCCUCCGUGCUGCUCACCCCUGCACGUCUGACUUCUGAGUCCUGCCUCGGGGACACGGGUGAGAGGAGGGAUAAAAGGCAAACCUCUAGCUUCCUCAGAGCCUGGGAAGUUCUCUCUCAAUCCACCCAAGUAAAGAAAUAAAUACUGAAAGACACACUUGACUAACAUGAUUCCACUUCUCACCACCAGAAAUACGCUGACACCCCGUCAGGGCAUUUCAAAAGCCAGAUAAAAGCCAAAAGAGGAGGCUGGGAGGGGAGCGUACAACGCGCAGCCGCUCUGAAAACCACCCCCCAUUUCGUUCUGGAGCUGAGGUUACACCCAGGCAUCACAGCGGCGUCUCUCCUGCAGAUUCACUGCUGCAGUCAGCGGAGCCGCACAAGCUGUACAGUCCGGACACUAACCUCUGGUGGAGCGUUAAGACAGCGGGCACGUUUGCUUCUGUAGAGUUCUUCAUUCUCCACUUAGCAAGGCCAUGGAAGAUCUAGAGGAAACUUUACUUGGAGAGUUUGAGAACUACUCCUAUGUCCUGGAAUAUUACUCCCCAGAGGCUGAUUUGGAGGAGAGUGCCCGCCUGGGAGUCGUCCACUGGGUCUCCCUGGUGUUGUACUGUUUGGCAUUUGUUCUGGGCAUUCCAGGAAAUGCCACUGUCAUUUGGUUCACGGGAUUCAAGUGGAGGAAGACAGUCACCACUCUCUGGUUCCUCAAUCUGGCCAUUGCAGAUUUCAUUUUUCUUCUCUUCCUGCCCCUCUACAUCUCCUAUGUGGCCAUGAACUUCCACUGGCCCUUCGGCAUCUGGUUGUGCAAGGCCAAUUCCUUCAUUGCCCAGUUGAACAUGUUUGCCAGUGUUUUAUUCCUGACGGUGAUCAGCCUGGACCGCUAUAUCCACUUGAUUCAUCCUGUCCUAUCUCAUCGGUACCGAACCCUAAGGAACGCCCUGAUUGUUAUCAUAUUCGUUUGGCUUUUGGCUUCACUAAUGGGUGGUCCUGCCCUCUACUUCCGGGACACUCUGGAGUUUGAUAACCAAACUCUUUGCUAUAACAAUUUCCAUGAGCAUGAUUCCGACCUCACUGUGAUGAGGCACCAUGUUCUGACCUGGGUGAAAGUCAUUGUUGGGUACCUCUUCCCUCUGCUGACAAUGGGCAUUUGCUACUUGUGUCUCAUCUUCAAGGUGAAGAAGCGAAGCAUCCUGAUCUCCAGCAAGCAUUUCUGGACCAUCCUGGCUGUGGUCACGGCCUUCUUUAUUUGCUGGACUCCGUAUCACCUGUUUAGCAUUUGGGAGCUCACGAUUCACCACAGUGGCUAUUUCCAUCAGGUACUGCAGGCUGGAAUCCCCCUCUCCACCGGCUUGGCAUUCCUCAACAGCUGCUUGAACCCCAUCCUUUACGUCCUAAUUAGCAAGAAGUUCCAAGCGCACUUUCGGGCUUCCGUGGCUGAGAUUUUCAAGAACACGCUGUGGGAGGUGAGCUGCUCCAGCACUGCGAGCGACCAGCUCAGGAACUCCGAGAGCAAGAACCCGUGUCUCCUGGAAACAGCCCAGUGAAUUCUGACUCUUUCACAAGCCAGUGUAAGGCUUCUGUGUGGGUCGCUGGACAGAUGGUUUCAGAUUGUUGGUUCCAAGAUACAGAGCUGACCGUUUCUUGUCAUUGUUGUUUUUGGUCAGUAUAUCGGCAUCACGUUUUUGUGUGAAUAUAAAACUUAGGAUCUUCGUUUUUUCCCCCUGCAACUUAAAUUAUCUGUGUUAUUCUUGCUAAGUAGAUUAAUCAACACUUAUUAUUUUUUCAAUUUUAAUAACUUUUUAAAAGUCCUAAAUCUUAAUGUUAAAUAUAUGACUAAUUUCAAAAAUAUUAAAAUGUUUGCUUAAGCUCACUUUCAUUUUGCACAAGUAACCUAUUAGACGUAUUCUUAAAAUGUAACAUAUGUACUUAAUUUCUUUAUCUCAUGUAAUCUGUGAUAUACAUUUAUGAAUUAAAGUAAUAGUUGGUUAUAGUAGUUUAAAACAUUGUUCCAGUUAACUAUUAAUGUUUACCAAACUGCCCCAAGGUCUAGGUGCUUAAAACAACAAUUUAUUAUUGUUGUAUCUCACAAUUCUCAGAGUCGGGAAUUCAAACAACACACAGAAGGGAGGGUUGUCUCUCUGCUUCACAACGUCUGGGGCCGCACUGCAC